AUGAAUCCGAAACGAUUCAUGAAAGGCUGCGACGAGGAGGCCCUUCUUGAAUUGGUCGAAGAGUUAUCCGCCUCGGCACGUGGUCGAGCUGCUUCACCAAAAUUGCCAUGGGGGCAUGGAACUGUGUGUACGCUGGUGGAGAUUGUUCAACCGGACUUAGAGGCAUCAAACGGGAUCAUGCACGUGUUAGACAAUGUUCAGCUCACACCGGAAGCCGAUAACUAUUUCAUCAGUUAUUUGACAAAACAGUCGGAUUUGACCACAUCGGCAGAGUUGUGGACAAGCCUUGGAAGUGACCCAAAAUACAUGGCCAUUUUGAAUCAACAAUGGAACAGGAAAGAGAUUUAUUCCACUUUCUUCAUUGUCACCAAUGAUGGUUGGUCCAAAGUUCCCCCGGAACAAAUGCAAUUGCUACGCUCCAACAUGAGCCUUCUUGUCUCAGUUCUUGCCAAUCAUUAUAUGCCAAAUCAACUUCUCUAUUCCGAAUGGACUCCCGUCCAAUACACGAUAAACUUCUUUACCGGUUUCCCGUCUGAUCCGACCGGGACAGAUAUCAGUCAAUUGGGUCGCGGUGCAAUGAGACGUUUGUUGAACGGAACCGGCACUCGUUUAUUUCUUACCAGUACUCGGAAACCGGAGAAGCAAACAACUGAUCCCCUAAAACCCGAAGCUACGAAUAAGAUACUGACGACUUGUGAUCCAAAAGCGACACGGGAUCUAUACACUUUAGCUCAAUAG